AUGUCAAACGAAAAUUCGGAAUCUGUUUCCCCAAUGGAAAUUGACGGCGAAACGCAACAGCAGUCUGCCAAUGACGAGAACAUCAAUAGUGUAAUAAUUGAUCUCAGUGACAACAUUAAACGAUUCGACGAUGAACUUACAAUGAACGAGAAAAUGCGAAUCUUUUAUCAACGUUUUUUCCCGUAUAAACCAUAUUAUCAUUGGUUAAAUUAUGAGACGAGUCCAACCAAAGCUUUCCUUAAUCGCGAAUUUAGUUUCACCCUCGAUGACAUGUAUGUGCGCUUUCAAUCUUUCAAGGAUGCUGAAGAGUUGAAAAAUGAACUUUUGAGAAGUGUCCCAUCUAAAAUUGAUAUUGGGGCUGUGUACACUAUGCGACCAAAGGACAAAAAAUUCGCGCCUCCAAAUUCUUUUAAACCAAUCAUGAAAGAACUGGUCAUUGAUAUUGAUAUUACUGACUAUGAUGAUGUUCGUCAAUGUUGCAGUAAAGCAGAUAUCUGUCUAAAGUGCUGGCAGUUUAUUACUGUUGCUAUUAAAAUCAUUGAUAAAGCUUUACGAGAUGAUUUCGGAUUUAAACACUUGCUCUGGGUGUACUCUGGUAGACGAGGUGUUCACUGUUGGAUCUGUGAUAGCCGAGCUCGUAAACUAGAUAAUGAUGGGCGAAAAGCGAUUAUAUCAUAUCUUGCAAUGAUAAAAGGAGGCGCUCAAAAAGAGAAAAAAGUAUUCUUACCCAGAUCAUUACAUCCGUCAUUAGAACGAGCAUAUAAAAUAGUGGACCAUUAUUUCACAGUAUUGGCAUUAGAAUAUCAAGAUAUAAUGGAUACGCCAGAACGAUGGACUAAGGUUUUAAAGUGCAUUCCCGAAGAAGAUAUUAGAAAAGCAUUAAAUGAAGAAUGGAAAAAAACACCAUCACGAUCUUCUACGUUAAAAUGGGAUGAUCUACUUCAAGCGUUACAGAAUGUUGUGGAUAAAAAUACUAAGGAGGUUGUUGCCAAGAAACGAGCUGAUGCAUUAGAAACCAUCAAACGAGAGAUUCAGUUCCAAUACAUUUAUCCGCGGCUCGAUGAAAAUGUCUCUGCACACAUAAAUCAUUUGCUAAAGAGUCCGUUUUGUAUUCAUCCGUUAACCGGCAAAGUAUGCGUCCCUAUUUCCCCUGAUAAUUUUGAAAAUUUUGAUCCAACUAAAGUUCCCACAGUCUCCUCGAUUAUUUGUGAAAUGUCUCAAUGGAAUCAAAAGCAUCCUAAUGCGUCUGUACAGCCGGGCGAACGAAAGAUGAAUGAUUAUGAAAAGACUUCGUUAAAGCCGUACGUCAAAUAUUUUGAGGAUUUUGUUCAAGAAAUUUUAAAAGAUGUAUGGAUCAGAAAACGAGCUGCUCAACAACGAACUAUGGAAUUUUGA